AUGUUGUCAUGGUAUGCCAAGCUGUCCCAGGCUUUAUGUUCUAGGGGUUACACUUAUUCACUCAAUGACUACUCCCUGUUUGUUAAAGGUAGUCCUAGGAUUUUGGUUCUUCUAGUUGUCUCUAUUGAUGAUAUUAUCACUAUUGGGGAUGGUACUGCCGAGAUAAAGAAGCAGUUCCUGUAUUCUCAGUUUAAGAUCAAAGAUCUGGGAUCUUUGCAUUACUUCCUCGGUAUUGAGUUGUGUCUUAUUUCUGGUAGGGUUGUUCUUAAUCAAAAGAAAUUUGUUUCUGACUUGCUUCAGCAGUUUGGAUGUGCUUCUAUCACUCCCGUGGUUUGUCCUUUGGAGUUGAACACCAAAUUGCAUGUUGAUUCAUGUGAUUUACUGCCUGCUCCUGAGUCAUAUAGAAGUCUGGUGGGGAAGCUGCUCUUCCUUACUCUUACUCGACCUAUAUUUGUUUUGAUGUCCACAGCGCUCUUGGUUGAUUUUGUUGUUCCUGUUUUGCUUCAAAUUUCUAUUUUUUGUGACAAUCAGGCUGCUUUGCAUAUAGCCAAAAACCAUGUGUUCCAUGAAAGGAUCAAGCACAUUGAGAUCGAUUGUCAUUUCAUAUGGGCUAAGCUUGGCAUGACAAUUGCGAUGCAAGCAGGGGUCACAAAUGCGGUGAUUUUGUCGCAAAUGCAAAGAUCCCAAGGCCAGACAAUUCUCGCAAAUGCAAGUUAUACUUCGCAAAUGCGAAGUCUUCAGUGCAUGCCCAGAAGUCGCAAAUGCAACGAUUCUUUCGCAAAUGCAGCGGAAGCAGGAGUCGCAAAUGCGACAUAUACCUCGCAAAUGCGAAG